AUGGGUCAACAAGUUUUCUCCUUGUUGGAAAGAAAGAAAUUGUUAUCCCUUCUUAGCAUUAUUACCUUUGCACUGAUUUUAGCAUUCCAUUGCUAUUUUAAGCUUCCUUGUGGCAGUAACGUUCUACAACACUCUCUUGAGAGUGUUCAUAAAACUAUGAUGGUCAACAAUUCAUAUGUCAAUGUAAUUGACAAUCAUUCUUCUAUCACAAUGAUGCCUAAGGAGACUGAAGGAUCUCUUGUAAAAGUUCCGGAGAUGACAUCAAUUUCGGAAAUGGACAAGCUAUUGCUUCAAAACCAUUCUUCGUAUCAAUCUAUGAGGCCAAGGUGGUUUUCAGCUGUUGAUCAAGAGUUACUGCAGGCCAGAUCAGAGAUUGAAAAUGCACCAGUUGUCACUGAUGUUGGAAACCUUUAUACUCCCCUUUUUCGCAACAUUUCCAUGUUUAAGAGGAGCUAUGAACUGAUGGAAAAGAUUCUCAAGGUUUAUGUAUACAGAGAAGGAGCUAAGCCGAUAAUGCAUUCGCCAAAUCUUUUGGGAAUUUAUGCUUCCGAGGGAUGGUUCAUGAAGCUGAUGGAAGCAAAUAAAGUAUUUGUGACUAAAGAUCCAAAAAAUGCUCACCUGUUUUACCUGCCUUUCAGUUCUCAAAUGCUAGAGGAAACAUUGUACAUUCAAAAUUCGCCUAGUUAUAGCAACCUAAUGCAGUAUUUGAAUAACUAUGUUGACACGAUUGCCGCGAAACAUCCUUUCUGGAACAGAACAGGAGGUGCUGAUCAUUUUCUUGUUGCUUGCCAUGAUUGGGCACCUUCAGAAACAAAUGAGCGAAUGACGAAGUGCAUAAGAUCCCUAUGCAAUGCUGAUUUGAAAGAAAGUUUUGUGUUAGGGAAGGACACAUCACUUCCUGAAACAUAUGUCCGCAAUGCUCAGAUUCCAACCAGAGGUCUUGGUGGAAAAUCAGUUUCAAAGAGGAAAACUCUUGCGUUUUUUGCAGGCGGUAUGCAUGGUUAUGUUCGUCCGAUUCUGUUGCAGCACUGGGGAAAUAAAGAUCCCGACAUGAAAAUCUUCGGUGAAUUGCCAAAGUCUAAGGGAAACAAGAACUACAUCCAGUACAUGAAGGGAAGCAAGUACUGUAUUUGUCCAAAGGGAUAUGAAGUUAACAGCCCAAGAGUUGUGGAGGCUAUCAUGUAUGAAUGUGUUCCGGUUAUCAUAUCGGACAAUUUUGUGCCUCCAUUUUUCGAGGUCUUGAAUUGGAAAUCAUUUGCUGUUUUUGUUUCGGAGAAGGACAUUCCAAAUUUGAAGAGUAUUCUCCUUUCCAUCCCAGUAAAGAAGUAUCUUCAGAUGCGGAUGAGAGUUAAAAAAGUGCAGCAGCAUUUUCUUUGGCAUAGGAGUCCUGUCAAAUAUGAUAUAUAUCACAUGGUACUUCAUUCUAUUUGGUACAAUAGAGUUUUCACCGCAAGAACUGCAUAA